AUGAAAUUAGCAUUAACCCUUUUAACGGUCUUUUGUAUGACCAUGUGUGUAUUGGCAGAUAUUAAUACACCAGAUGCCAAUGUAAUAGAUUUGAGUCCAGACAAUUUAAAUCAAUUAAAUGAUGGAAAUUAUUUUGUUGAAUUUUAUGCUCCAUGGUGUCCACAUUGCAAGAACUUAGCUUCAGAGUAUAGUGGAUUCGCUGCAUCCAUCUCUGCCAAGAGAAUCAAUGUUCAAGUUGCAAGAUUGAAUUGUGAAGCCUAUCAAUCAUCUUGUGCCAAGUUCAAUAUCGAUGGAUACCCAACUUUGAAAUUCUUCCAAAAUGGAAAUGAAGUUGCUGAAUUCAACGCUGAAAGAACUGCCGAUGCCAUGGAGGAGUUCGUCAUUGCUCACUCUGGACUUGUUGUACAAGACAACGCCAAAUACUUUGAUGAUGAAGAGGAAGGUUUUGAAGAGAACGAGAAUGAAUUUGCCGAAGAAGAUGAAGGCUUUGAAAACAAUGAAGACAAUGAGGAUGAAGAAGAUGAAGAAGAAUUUGAAGACAAUGAGGACAAUGAAGAUGAAGAGGAAUUUGAAGACAAUGAAGACAAUGAAGAAGAUGAGAAUGAAUUCGAUGUUGAAGUUAUGUUCCUUGGUGUCCACAAGAACUUAGCUUCAGAGUACAGUGAUUUUGCAGCAUCCAUCUCUGAAAAGAGAAUAGCUGCUCAAGUAGCUCGAUUAAAUUGUGAAGCCUAUCAACCAUCUUGUUCAGAUUUUAAUGUUGAUGGAUACCCAACUUUGAAAUUUAGCCUGCCACCAGUAGUAGUACUUUAUACUGUUGGGAAACAACAGCAACAACAACAGCAACAACAACAACAACAACAACAACCUUACCUGUUUUAUUUACAUAGUCAUAUUUCUUUUCAUUAUUAA